AUGCGUUUCACCACAGAGCUACUGGCUGUUGCGCUGGCACUUGCAGAUGUCACUUCUGCUCAGAAUUCGACAUACAAUGCUACUGCCGCUGCUCAGGCUAAGCUGACCGCCGAGUUGGCCAACCUGGAAAAGUUCUGGUCCUACGGAAGAUCUCCUCCAGUCUACCCUACUCCUCAGGGUGCUGGCAGAGAUGAGUGGGCUACUGCCUAUGAGAAGGCCAGAGCCUUGGUCGCUUCCAUGACUGACUUCGAGAAGAACAACAUCACAUACGGAUACACCUCCAAGACAAAUGGGUGUGGUGGUAACUCUGGUUCAGUACCCAGAGUUGGUUUCCCUGGUCUGUGUCUUAGCGAUGCCGGAAACGGUCUUCGUGCUACUGACGGUGUCACUGGAUUCGCCUCUGGAGUUCACGUCGGUGCAACAUGGAACCGCAACCUUGCUUAUGAGAGAGCUCACUACAUGGGCGCCGAGUUCAAGGCCAAGGGUGUCAACGUUCUUCUUGGACCCGUCGUUGGACCCCUUGGAAGAGUGGCCGAGGGCGGUCGCAACUGGGAGGGCUUCAGCAAUGACCCCUACCUUGCUGGUAGUCUGACUUUCGAGACCAUUCAGGGCAUGCAAAACAACGUUGUCGCUUGUAUCAAGCAUUUGAUCGGCAACGAACAGGAACUCGACCGCAAUCCUGCAGGUUUCAACGCCUCAAUGUCUGCAAACAUCGACGACAAGACCAUGCACGAGAUGUACAUGUGGCCUUUCCAGGAUGCCGUCCACGCUGGAGUCGGAUCUGCCAUGUGCUCAUACCAGAGGGCCAACAACUCUUACGGAUGCCAGAACUCCAAGGUCAUGAACGGCCUCUUCAAGGGAGAAUUGGGAUUCGAGGGGUUCAUCGUAAGUGAUUGGGGAGCCCAACACAGUGGUGUUGCCAGUGCUGAGGCUGGUCUUGAUAUGGCCAUGCCCAGCUCGGCUUUCUGGCAGAACGGAAACCUCAGCCAAGCCGUCACCAAUGGCUCUCUUUCUUCUACCAGGCUCGACGAUAUGGCCACUCGCAUUGUGGCAUCCUGGUACCACCUCGCCGAGUGGCAAAACCCUGGACAUGGUAUGCCCGUCAACCUCACUCUUCCUCACGAGUAUGUCAACGCUCGCGACCCUGCUUCCAAGGUCAGCACCUUCCAGACCGCUGUUGAAGGCCAUGUUCUUGUCAAGAACGUGAACAAUGCACUUCCUCUCAAGUCUCCCAAGUUCCUCUCCCUGUUCGGUUAUGAUGGUAUUGCUCCUCUGGUCAACACUCCCGAUAAUGCCGCUGCAUUCACUCUGUCCAACUUCGGCUUUGCUCCCGUCUCUGGUGUAAACGCUAGCGAGCUCUUCAUGCUGUUCGUCAAUCCCUCUUCGAUCCCUUCGGAGGAUCUGCCUGGUAUCGCAAUCAACGGAACCAUGGUCACCGGCGGUGGUUCAGGAGCUGCUCAGCCCGCCUACAUCAGUGACCCGUUCAGCGCCAUCACUGAGCAGGCAAUUGAGGACGACACUUGGCUCCAAUGGGACUUCAAGAGCCAGAACCCUGUUGUGCAGAGAGGAUCGGAGGCAUGCCUUGUCUUCAUCAAUGCCUUCGCUACCGAAUCCUAUGACAGACCUUACCUGGAGGACGAGUACUCGGAUGACCUCGUCUUGAACGUCGCCGCCCAAUGCAACAACACCAUAGUUGUCCUCCACAACGCUGGUAUCAGAACUAUCGAUGCGUGGUACUCAAACCCCAACAUCACCGCCAUCAUGUACGCUCAUCUUCCUGGCCAAGAUUCGGGCAAGGCCCUCGUCGAGGUCCUCUACGGAAAGCAGUCGCCCAGCGGCCGUAUGCCCUAUACCGUCGCCAAGGUUCCAGCGGAUUACGGCAACCUCCUUCACCACCUUACCCCUGACAACACCAGCAACUACUACACCCAGGACAACUUCACCGAGGGUGUCUACAUCGACUACAAGGCAUUCAUUGCACAGAACAUCACUCCUCGCUUCGAGUUCGGUUACGGUCUGACUUACACCACCUUUGACUACUCGUCUCUUCAGACCAAGGUGUUGAGCAAUGUCAGCACCUCAGAGUACCCUCCUGGCAACACCAUCGCCCAGGGUGGUAUCACCUCUCUGUGGGAUGUCAUUGCCACUGUCGACUGCACCAUCACCAACACCGGCUCAGUCACCGCCUCAGAAGUCGCUCAAUUGUACGUCAACAUUCCUGGCGGCCCAGCCAAGGUGCUUCGUGGCUUCAACAAGCAGGGUGUCGAGCCAGGCCAGAGCGUCAACUUCCACUUCGACAUCACCAGACGUGAUCUCAGCGAGUGGGAUGUCGUCAGCCAGCAAUGGCGUCUGCAACAGGGAAGCUACCCAAUCUACGUGGGCAAGAGUGUUCUCGACAUCCAACUCACUGGCAGCUUGAGCAUUUGA